AGAAGAGGAGCUUUUGUGAGGCUUCUUCUUAACUUUUCGUAGCGGUAUACGAAACCGCUUGAUUGCUGCAUCGAGUUGGCCUUUGUUUCAGUGGAUUAUAAGAGAGAACGCGGACCUGCGCGCCUGGUUAGUCGUUUGAGAGGUUCGUGUGUGGGAGGUCGUGUUAUCGUGACGUUCAUUGACGUGAACUGCAACAAAAUAUUCACAGGAAAAGUGUGGUUUUCAACACUAAAUACCACUUUUCAGUGUGAAAAUUUCGGUCCGAUAACACUGAAUACGGCUCAUCGCUUUGCCGUGACGAGAUAAAGGAGAAUUCCCACCAUGGAGUUCCGUAUUACUUAUCAGCUAGUAUGAACUCCGGUAGAAAUAUAAAUUUUUGAAGGUGUACCUGAGUUUUAGUUCUCAUCAUCAAUAGUUAUCCGGAUGGUCGUGCGCUUUCUCAUUGCCUAUUAAAGCGGUUCACAUCUGUUUACAUGUACUAUGUUGUGCUUUAUGUGAUUCUUCACGCAGUGUUUAAGCAACAUACCUCAUAAUGCAAUUUGCCAUAUGCAUCAUCGCCAGUGGUAGGACAAUGGCCCUCAUUUUCACACUUUCGCACAUGUUUUCGUCGGUAACGUCGACGGCGGCACCAGAAGACAUACCCUCGGGUUCAGCGUUACAUCACACGGCGUUUGGUGAUAGUGGUAAGCAAUUUAGUGACGAUGCUCCAGAUUCGUAUGCGUAUAUUAAUGUAACGUACAAAACGGAAAUCGGUUGGAUAUGGGAGCAAUCGGAAGCCGGUCGAUACGGUGGUGGCAAUAUCGGUCCUGCGUUUGGUUAUUUAGUUCAUGUAUCGUCCGAGGCGAACCCGCACGAUCACACGGGUUGUCAGUUACCUUUCAAGAGCACACGUUCGGAUCGAAGGUUGCCAAGAGGAGAACCUUGGAUCGCCCUGAUCAAGAGAGGUCGAUGCAACUUCGAGAUCAAGGUGGAAAAUGCCUACAGAAGUAAUGCAUCCGGCGUUCUCGUUUAUAACGAUCGAGAUUCAACUUCGCUCGACAAGAUGAAACUAUCGACUGACAGUGGAAGUGUAUAUUUUGUUUCAGGAAAUAUUAGUGCAAUAUUCACUUACAAACUAAAAGGCGAACAACUGGCGAAACUUUUGGAAAACGAUUCCGAAGUAUUAGUCCAUAUUACCGUAGCUAGUAGGAGUACAGUUAGAAAUGCAACUAUUAACAGGACAUCGGUUUUGUUCGUGUCCAUUACAUUCAUAGUAUUAAUGAUAAUUUCCUUAGCAUGGCUAGUGUUUUACUACGUGCAAAGGUUUAGAUAUAUUCACGCAAAAGAUAGACUGUCGGUAAGUUCUUUUAUGCUAUUCUACUACUUUAAUCUUUCGUAUAUUCUCCUUUCGUACCUUCUCGUUUCGUACCUUAAACAAUAUUACCUGUUUUGACCAAUUUUGUUCUCGUUUCGUACCUUAAAGAUAAAUCGUCCCCAGUGAGUUUUUCGUACCCUGUGGUACUUUAAAUUUCCAAUGCGAAGAAAAGAGCUCUUGGUCCCAUAACACUAAUUAACGAAGAAGUAGUAACGUAAA